ACGAGUCAAAUCAAUAAAGGUAGAAAGUAAAAAAGAAAGUUAAGAAGUAAAAAGAAUGGAAUAUUAAAAUUGAAAAAGUAUGUGAAUAAAAUAAAAACUGAGGAAUAAAAAAAAUAUGUACUGAUUAUAACAGAACUUUAUGAAUAGAAGGAAAAGAAAAUCCAGAAAGCUUUUAACUGGAAAUUAAAUAAAUAAAUUGAAAAGUGUUUAAGACUUAAAUGAAAAAAAAACAACUGAAAAUGAAGUAGAAAAUAUAUUGAAAUGGAAAUUAAAGUUUAUAUUCAAUUGUUUAUAUUGUCAGUAUUAAUGUAUUUGACACAUGGAUUAGACAGUCACCAUUACAAAUGUAAUCUGUUUGAUUUACAGGAUGAUUAUAAACAUAUCAAUGUGUCUAACCCAUUACAGAGGGAAAUUCAGCUAGUAAUACCAGACAAGAGGGAAUGCUGGGUAAACAUGCUCGACAUGUACAACAAAUAUAUCAUCACAUUGAAGGUCAAACUGUUACUAAAAGAAAACACUAGGGUACUGAUUUUAGUAAAAUUAUCUUGUGUGUUCCCGAUCAUCCUCCAUUUCCAAGAUUUCAAUGUCUCAGAUAAUUAUAGCAAAGGACUGGAUCUAUAUCUGCAAUUUCACAAGUGUUCUUUAUUCAUAAAGGAGGUCGAUGUUUUUCUUACUAUUGGAAGGAUAAUUUUGUUAGAUUUUAUAAGAAGUUCUAUGAUAACAGAGCUUGGAACAGAAUGUAAGUUUGCCUCUGACUUACAGGAGAUCAAUCUACAGGUAACUUGUGAUGACACUAUUACACUAGACUUAUCAUUCUGGGAGCAUGCACCGAGACAUUUCCCGAGAUGGCUGUACUUAAAAUUAUAGGUUGUGAUAAUAGAUAUCAAAGUAUAAACGCAAGCAGUGUGCGAGAAAAAUUUCCUAGGCUUGUUAAUCUUGUCUUAAACUUUGUACAAAUUGAUCAACCAAUUUAUUUUCCAUGGUAUAACAUGUAUAAAGCUACACAAUCUCGCAAUAGAAACUGGGAAGAUAUUCUAAAAGCAAGUUUUGAUUCGUAUGAUGACAUAUAUUUCUACAACUUCUUUCCAGAAAACUCUUUUAUAUUAAUCAACUGUAGGCUAGAAAUUGGCUCUUUAUUCCUGGAAGGCUUCAUUUUUACCCUGGGACUAACAGAGAUGGGUCUAACUGUAAUUCAGCCCAACUUUCUGCAAAACGUAACCUUAAAACAAACUUUAAAUCUGUCUAAAAAUAGAUUAGAAAUGAUUCCUGCCAGCCUGCUAGUAAAUCAACAUAUGUUACAGGUACUGUAUCUUCAGCAAAAUGAGAUAACAUCAAUAUCAAAAUCUAUGUUCUCUGGGCUCAAGAGUGUUACAUACAUCAAUUUAUCUGGUAACAAAAUUAAAGAAAUAGUAGGAACUCCUUUUUCUACACUGAAACAUCUUAAAUACAUUCUUUUGCAAAAUAACUCAUUAGUGGACAUACCUUCUGAUAUGUUCCAUGAUCAGACCAAUUCAUUAAAAAUAUUAGAAUUAAAUUUAAACCCUGGAAUAACAGAAAUCCCUGUUUGGCCAAUUUAUGCUACAAAUCUUAAAGCAAUGGAUUUAAAGGAUUGCAACAUUACUGGGAUGAGUAUAAUACGACUUCUAGAUCGUUUACAGGAGCUCGAUAUCAAAGAAAAACUUGUUGAUGCUGCAAUAGACACACCGGAUUUACCUUUAGGUAGCAGUACAGCAAUUUAUCUAAACUACAAUAAGAUCGAGACCAUUCCAACAAAUAAAAUGUCAACUACGCGACUGAUGAAACUGAAGAAUUUUUUAAAAAAUUUUGCAAUAAAUUUUAGUGGUAAUCCAUUUACAUGUAAUUGUGACACCUCCGUGAUUGAACAAAUAGUUCAAGGUUUUGAUGACACUGAUUCGCUACUUCUCGACAACAUGGAUGGCUGGAUUUGUCAAAAGCCCUCGGAAUUUCGAGGACGAUAUAUGUGGACAAUCAAAAACCAUGAGAAAUAUUGUCCUAUAAAUAAUCCAUUCUGUCCGGACUUAUGCUCAUGUUUUAAAAGAUAUCGUCAAGAAACAAUAAUUAUAGAUUGUCGUGACACUGUUUUAGAACAGAUGCCUACACACCUGCCAAGCUCUCAACUUGAAUUGUGGUUUCCAAAUUCAAAUAUCUCAGAAAUCGGUUUAUUACCCUACCUAGAAAAUAUAACUGUUUUAAAUUUAGAAAACAACAAACUGCAAGUCAUCUGGCCUUCCAUCUUGAACAAAUUUAAGGGUCUGAAGAUUUUGAAACUUAGGUCAAAUCAUCUUGUAUCUCUUCCAUUUCAAGUAAGAUCACUAACUCUAUCCAAAUUGACAUUAUCAGAAAAUCUAUAUGUGUGUGACUGCACAAACAGCUGGAUGAAGGCUUGGAUACUACAGGAUGAAGGCAGUAUUCUCGACUGGGCAAAUAUUAAAUGUCUCGAUAUAAACAGCAACUUAAAACAGCUUAUUGCAGUUCCUGACUCAGAAUUUAUCUGCAAGGGGGACAACUCUUUCAGUGUUAUAGAACAUGUCUUUCUACCAUCUAUUAUAACAGGAUCAAUUUUGUUUGUUUUUGUAACUGUGUUAUUAUUAGUUUAUUUCCAAAGAUUUAACCUUAAGGUUCAACUGUUCAUUCAUUUCAAUAUUCAUCCAUUCGACAACAAGAUAGACAAAGAAGAAUGUCAUGUUUACAAUGCUGUUUUAAUAUACACACAAAGUGACCUUGAACUCAAGGUCAAAAUAGAAAACCACCUUUCACACAGAGGUUAUAAAGUUGCUGACAUGUAUAAAGAUUCCAUAGUAGGAUAUACCUAUAUUGAAAAUAUUGAGCAGUUAAUACGAAAAUCUAAUAAAAUUCUUCUUCUCAUAUCAACAGAUAAUGUGCACCAUGACAUCAUUCAAGCAUCUUGGAAUAUAGGCUAUGAUAAAAUAAUGUCUACAGCUCUGACAAGAAUGAUUAUCGUAGCUGAUAAAGCUAUUAAAAAAGAACCAAACACAGACAUUAACUUGUUGCAUUUUCUUAACAGUCGUAACUUCAUAGACAGAAAAACUAAACUGCUACCUCAAAAGGUGGAAUAUCUGAUGGCAAAGACUAAAGCUGGCAUAUGUGUACCACCACAUAUUGAAAUGAAUCACCGUUGCUAUAGUAACAGAUUAGACAACAGUGACACACAUUCUGAUAAAGUAAUUAUUUCAUAUCCAGACAAACAUCAUUGUUAUGUGCAAAAUGAAAUUAUUCCUUUCCUGUCAGAACACUAUGUACCAGUAAAACUAUUAGACAUGGAGUUUACGCCGGGGGCUGACAUUCGUGACGAGCUUCCCACCAUUCUAGAGACAUCCUGUCAUCUGAUUUUCAUUUUAUCGAGCGAAACUCUCGAUGAUGAAGUUCAAAUGUAUAUUUUGUCACAAGCUUUAACUAGGACACAACUGGAGAAUCACAAUUUUCUGAUUGUUUGUACAUCAGGACCGAUUCAUUUGGAACAUUUGUCAAAUGACUUGUUGAGAUACAUAGAAAACUAUGUAACGAUAAGUGUGAAUGACUUGAGAUUUAAAGAACGUAUUUUACAGUCUAUUUGUAUUAUCAAUGAUAGGGUCAGUGUUGAUGAAGAUCAAGUUGAAAAUGAUCCACUUUUGUAAAGUAUAUAAUAAUAUUAUUGUAUACACAUGUACACUUUAUACUGCAAAUCACUCAUUUUUGUGAGCUUAUAGCAUGUUACUUCCAACUUCUUCUCAUGAAGUAAAGGUGUACAAAACUAAUCCACUGCCUACUGAACUAAUUGGCCGUAUUUCCAAGGUUCUUAAAACUAAUACACUUUAUAUACCAAUCACUUUGUGAACUUCCAGUUCAAUUGAGAAAUGUAAUAUUUUAA